UCGAAUUACUGACAAAAAUCGAGAUUCGUAUUUACACGAUUCACAUUUCUGUCAAUACUGUCGAUUUCGUGGUGGUCUCAACCCAUUUGUUAAAUUACUAAAGAAACAAUUCAAUAAAAUGGGAGCAUCGCUGUUACCAAUAUUAUUUUUUACUGCACUCUGGGGCGUAGUGGGAAUCGUAUUACCCAUUUUUGUUCCGAAAGGCGUUAAUCGGGGAAUUCUUCAGGUUAUCCUUAUGUUGACAGCUUUCACAUGUUGGUUAUUCUGGUUAUGUUGCUACAUGGCACAAAUGAAUCCACUCAUCGGACCAAAACUAUCCAACACUACAAUUCUCAUGAUGGCUCGCGAAUGGAGCAACAAAGAUCUUUAAGUGUAAUCUCUAGGAAUUAAGGAAUAGUAUUCAAGUGAAAAUAUUCUAGUGAUUCCAUAAACAUAAUGUGUUAUUGUUUAUGAUAAUAAUUUGUAGAUAAAAUUAUAUGAUCAAAAUGAAAAUUGAUCAUUUAGAUACUCAUGCACGUUGAAAGAUCUGAUCAUAAAAGUUAACAUGAAGAUUUGUUCAUAAAGUUAACAUUUCAAAACAUACAAAAGAUAGUAUUACAAAUGGCGACAUCAUUUCAUUGUUGUCAAAUCAUUGGUUUGGUUAUGCAAAUAUAUUUUAAAAAUCGUGUGUACAUUGCGCUAUUCGAUAUGAACUAUAUGUAAUAUAUGUAAAGACGUUUAACACGAUAAUAAAACUAGAUAAUAAGUGAAAUAUAUAUAAA